AUGAUAUUGGAUGAAUUACAGGGAUUGUUGGAGGCUCAUGAACAAUAUUUAUGUGAGAGGGCAGAAGAGAAGUACAAUUCAGAAAAAACCUUAUUUGUGAAACAAAAUCAAAAGAAUGAGUGUAAUCGAGGAAAUUUAACAAGAAAGGUCGUGGAAGAGGUUUCAAAAGCAGAAACAAUGAAUGUGGAGGUUCAGAAGAAUAAUAAGAGAAUUCUUCACAAUCAAGGG